AUGGCUUCCACUACACUAAACAUUCGAAACCCAAAUAUAAACCUUGUUUCAUUUUCAGGUGAUACUAUGCCCCAGAAGUGUUUUUUUGGGCAAGUAACAUUGAUGAAAAUGAGUGAAAUUUCUUCAGCCCAACACCCAGUUGCUGCUUCUAUGAUUGCACCUUCAAUUCCUAAUAAGUUUUCGAAGACUCGCUCUAUUUUGGCUCUUUGUUGGAGGGAGAUUCAGGGGUUAAACAACUGGGAAAAUCUCAUGGAACCCUUGGAUCCUCUUCUCAAUCAAGAAAUCAUCCGGUAUGGCGAGUUCGUCACGGCCUGUUACAAGGCUUUCGAUCUAAAUCCAACCUCAAAACGCUUCCUCAAUUGCAAGUAUGGGAAGAAGAGAAUUUUAAAAGAAGUUGGCUUGGGUGAUUCAGAUUAUGAAGUCACAAAGUACAUCUAUGCCACUCCUUAUAUCAACAUUCCAAUCCAAAACAGUGCCUCCUGUGGCCGUUGGAUUGGUUAUGUUGCGGUAUCAUCGGAUAAUGAGGUUAGGAGGAUUGGGAGGAGAGAUAUAGUGAUAACAUUCAGAGGAACAGUUACAAACCCUGAAUGGAUUGCAAACCUAAUGAGCUCAUUGACUCCGGCACGACUCGACCCACAUAACCCUCGUCCUGAUCUCAAGGUAGAAGCUGGGUUUCUGAGUAUGUACACUUCUGAUGAGAGUGACAGCAAGUUUGGCCUCGGUAGUUGCCGUGAACAGCUUCUUUAUGAGGUUUCUCGGCUUUUGAACAAGUACAGAGGGGAGGAAAUGAGCAUAACUUUGGCAGGACACAGUAUGGGGAGCUCAUUGGCCCUCUUACUGGCUUAUGAUAUUGCAGAGCUUGGAUUGAACAGAGCCGAUAACAGGGAAAUACCGAUUACUGUUUUCUCCUUCGGAGGGCCUAGAGUUGGGAAUUCAAGCUUCAAGGAAAGGUGUGAGGAGUUGGGUGUAAAAGUUUUAAGAAUUGUGAAUGUUAAUGACCCAAUAACAAAGCUACCUGGGGUUUUUUUGAAUGAAAGUUUUAAGGGUUUUGGAGGGAGUUUCGAGUUUCCUUGGAGCUGUUCUUGUUAUGCUCAUGUGGGAGUUGAAUUAGCCUUUGAUUUCUUCAAGAUGCAAAACCCUUCUCUUGUUCAUGAUUUGGAAGCCUAUAUUAGCUUUCUUAGAUGCCCUAAGGCACUGCAGGUUCAGAGGGAGGGCUUAGAUUUCCUAAAUAGAGCGAAGGAUUUAAUCUUGAGCGCCAAAAACUUAACAGUAUUCCAUGGAGGAAUGCUGCCAUCAAUAUGGUGA